GUAUCCUCGAGUGGUAAGAAGACUCAGUUGGUAAAGAUGGUAUCUAUUGUGAUGAUACCAGUAGCUGUACUAACAGGACUAACAGCUAAUACGUUUGUUAAUACCUUCACCAGCUACAUGUCAUCUGGCAUUAGGAAGACUAUUCUCUACAGCGUUGAGUUGGGUCAAGUGGUACACAGUUUACAGAAAGAAAGAGACAUGAGUGCUCUGUAUAUCAGUAAAAUCUCGCCGGUUUCUAAAUCGUUUCUACUGCAGAGAUAUCCAGAGACAGAUCGCUCCAUUGAGAAACUCACAUUUUGGACAACGCUGUCCAGAUUUGAAUUUCAGUCGAAGGACAAGUUCUUGUCUUAUCUCAAUCGGCACAGGUAUGAAUUGGAUACUUUAAAUCAAACGGUUACCAUGGAGUUACAGAUGUAUACAACAUUAAUCCGUGUAUUUAUCAAGUGGCUGUAUGACACAAUGACAGAAGAAGAAUCGGGGUUUAUUUGGAGAAGUUUGGUGUCGUAUCUGGAAGUUAUUAUUGUGAAAGAAUAUAUGGGUCUUGAACGUGCUCUGGGCAUGGUAUUCUAUGCUAAGGGUCGUUUUCCGUCUCGCAACGUGUAUCUUUGGUUCUCGGAAAGUCAAGAUGUAUCGAAUGCAACUUUUCUGUCAGCACGGCGUUACUCUGAUCUGGUUGAUACUCUUUACAAUAAAAAUAUCAAGGGAAACGAAACAACAUUAAAAGUUUUAGGUAAUAUGCGAGCUGAGAUUAGACGUAAUGAAUUAGGUGGUAAGGGAUCAAUUCGAAUGGCUGAAUGGUGGUACAACAACAUGACCGUUUAUAUGGAUCUAUUAUUAGAAACACAAUCAGAAUUGGCCCAGGAGAUCACGGGGUUGUUGGAUCAAAGGCAGUCAGUGAAUCUACAGAAACUCAUUGCUAUAUCAGUGGUUUUCGUUUGUGUUUUUGUAUUUUGUCCGAUUAUUAUCUACGCUGCUUACAAACUCACUAACGAAAUACAGAAAUAUUCCAUUUCACUCACUGAAAGGACAAAAGCUCUGUGUAAAGAGAAGAAACGAACAUUGGUAUUAUUAAAUCAGAUGUUACCCAAACACAUAGCCACUACAGUUGUACAGGAUGAACCUGUCACGCCAGAGAAAUUUGAUAGUAUUACAGUAUUAGUCUCGAAUAUACAAGGCUUCACUCAAUUAGCUUCUAGAAGUUCUCCAACACAGGUGGUCGAGAUGCUGAUGAGUCUCAAUGAACUUUUUGAGAGUCGAAUAGAGAAAUAUGAUGUUCAUAAAAUAGAGAGACAAGGUGAUGCUCAUAUGGUGGUUUCAGGUUUGCCUAUCAGAAAUGGUGUACAGCAUGCCUCUGAAAUCAGUUUGAUGGCACUAGAUCUGACAGAUUCUGUUAAUCAUUUGAAAAUUCCACAUCUUCCUGGAACCAAAUUAAAACUCAGAAUUGGUAUUCACAGUGGUCCAGUUGUAGCAGGAAUUGUUGGGACCAGUUUACCACGCUUUAGUUUAAUAGGAGAUACUAUUACUGUCGCUACGAGGAUGGAAGUACUUGGAAAAGCUGAUCGUGUUCAUAUCAGUUCAGCAACACACGAACUCCUGGCGGCGCUCGCUGGUUUUACAACACAAAUAAGAAAUGAUUUUAUC